CUGAGGCAACACUUUGUCCUUUGCAGGUCUUUGAACCCCAACUGAGUCAUCACCAACUUGGUUCAAGAUGCCACCGGCCAUCGGAGGCCCCGUGGGAUACACUCCUCCUGAAGGAGGAUGGGGAUGGGCCGUGGUCGUCGGAGCCUUCAUCUCCAUUGGGUUUUCCUAUGCCUUCCCUAAAUCCAUCACCGUGUUCUUCAAAGAGAUCGAGGUCAUCUUCAACGCAUCCAGCAGCAAAGUCUCCUGGAUCUCUUCUAUCAUGCUGGCUGUUAUGUAUGCAGGAGGUCCCAUCAGCAGCAUCCUGGUGAACAAGUACGGCAGUCGGCCCAUCAUGAUCGCGGGUGGUUGUCUCUCUGGCUGUGGGCUGAUUGCAGCUUCCUUCUGCAACACAGUGGAGGAGCUCUACUUCUGUGUUGGGGUUGUAGGGGGUCUUGGACUUGCCUUCAACUUGAACCCAGCCUUAACCAUGAUUGGCAAGUACUUCUUCAAGAAGCGUCCCAUUGCCAACGGGCUGGCGAUGGCAGGCAGUCCUGUCUUCCUCUCCACCCUGGCACCUGUCAACCAGCUCUUCUUUGGCAUAUUUGGCUGGCGUGGCAGCUUCCUCAUCCUCGGUGGCCUUCUGCUGAACUGCUGUGUGGCUGGAUCCCUGAUGAGGCCCAUCGGUCCCAAGCCGGAUCAGCAGAAGAAAGAGGCCAGUAAGGAGGUGCUGCAGGAGGCUGGGAAGGCCGUGAAAAAGGAUGAUGGUGAUACCAGCACAGACCUCAUUGGUGGGAAGGCCAAGAAAGAGAAGAGCUCCUUCUUCCAGACAAUCAACAAGUUCUUGGACCUGUCUCUGUUCACACACAGGGGCUUCCUCCUUUAUCUGUCUGGCAACGUGAUCAUGUUCUUUGGGCUGUUCACUCCCUUGGUCUUCCUCAGCAAUUAUGCCAAGAGCAAGAAGAUUGCUAAUGAGUCUGCAGCCUUCCUGCUCUCCAUCCUGGCCUUCGUGGACAUGGUGGCCAGACCUUCCAUGGGACUGGUGGCGAACACCAAGUGGAUCAGACCCAGAGUCCAGUAUUUCUUUGCCAUCUCUGUGAUUUACAAUGGGGUUUGCCACCUCUUGGCCCCCAUGUCCACCACCUAUGCUGGUUUCUGCAUUUAUGCUGGAUUCUUUGGCUUUGCCUUUGGCUGGUUGAGCUCAGUCCUGUUUGAGACCCUGAUGGACCUGGUGGGAGCACAGCGGUUCUCCAGCGCCGUCGGUCUGGUGACCAUCGUGGAGUGCUGCCCUGUGCUUCUGGGACCCCCUCUGCUAGGGAAGCUCAAUGACAUGUAUGGUGACUACAAGUACACAUACUGGGCCUGUGGGGUCAUCCUCAUCGUCUCUGGGAUCUACCUCUUCAUCGGGAUGGGCAUCAACUACCGCCUGGUGGCAAAGGAGCAGAAAGCAGAGGAGAAGGCGAGGAACGAAGGGAAGGAGGAGGAGACCAAUGUUGACGAGGCUGAGAAGCAGAAAGAGGCAAACAACGAUGUGGCCCCCUCGCCUCAGAAGAGCGCAGAGGAUGGUGUCAAAGAGGAGGAGAGCCACAUGUGAGGGACCGGUCUCAAUCCCGGAGUGUCGGGGAAGCGCCGCUGCCCUGGCGCGGCGGCUGGGACAGGGCUCCGCUGGCGCUGGGCGGCCGUGAGAAGUGUUUAAACCAGGUGUUCAUUUUUUAAUCAGGCUCUGAAUUGUUUUUCCAUCCGUGUUCAACAAAGGUAACAGGGCUACACACGCAGUAUCCUCGUGUGUCGGGGG